UCAGCUCUGCACACUGGUUUUACGCAUCGAUACUCUGCGCUCUGUGAAGAUGCGUUGCACACUUUCCAACCUGCACAUGCUGCACUCCUCCGUCCUUGCGCUGUGGUUCACAGCUUUCCAGGGCUUCAGACCUGCGGAUGCUGCCCCCAACCCUUCUCCUCUCCUGGGCUCCAACUGGGGGAACCCGCGGAGAUUCAUCCACCUUCAGACAACUUCAGACUUAAACAACUUCUACUUGGAGAUCAGCCCGAACGGACAUGUGCGCAAAACUACAAACCGGGGGUCCUUCAGUGUAAUUUUAUUGAAGGCAGAGAGCAGAGACCGUCUGGCAAUAUUUGGAGUGAAAAGCAACCGAUUUUUGUGCAUGGAUGCAGGAGGGACCCUUUUUACAUCUACGGUCUGCAAUAAAGAAGAUUGUCUUUUUCACCACACACUUUUGGAAAACAAUCGUGACGUGUACUACUCCACCAAGCAUGGCAUACUGCUUAACCUGGAUGGGGCAAAACAGGUGUUCAUAGCUGGACAAAACCUCCCUCAGUCAUCUCUCUUCUUAUCAGAGAAGAACACUGUCCCACUGGAGCGCCUGCAGCACCGGGAGCGGAGGAACCGUCAGGUGAAUCCGUCAGACCCGCUGAACGCGCUCCGGUACGGAGAGGAGUCAGACUCCAGAGCUGCUCAAGAGGACGAUGCGGACUUGGACUUUGAGCCAUCGGAGGGACAAAACAUCUCCAGAGAAACCCUAGUUUCCCCAUCCGAUGAUGACCCUUGGGACCUUCUUCACGACUCAAGCCCCGGCAGUCCCCGGAUUUCAGCAAUUGUCGGAUAGACCAUCUUGAUCCUCCAUGCAGGUGACUGUGGACCCACCAACGUAAGAGUGUGACUGACUCCAUAUUUUCAUCAAUGGUCAUAAAUAAAUCUUUUAAAGGACAUAUAUUAAAAAUCAAAUUCACAUAGAUCUGAAGAUUCUUUAGGCUUUUUAAUAUCUGCAUCCCACCAAAUCUGAAGAACCUGCGUUGUUUUUUUUUCACCUGCCCCCAUGAAUUUGUCUUUGGUGCUGGACACCACCCGUGGAUAACAACUGUCAACCAAGAAAGUAUUUAUUUAUUUAAUUAUUACAUAUGUUUUAUUUAUGGUAUUUAUAUGGAUGCUUUAAAUGUUAGAUGUGCAGGGAAAUGUUAUAGGCAAUACCCGUUUUACUCGUUUUAAACAAAUAAAAG